ACAGUUUUUCUAUGGAACACAUGUUUGAAACUAGAAUGAAAUUGUAACUCUCAUUCAUAACCUCAAAGUGGUUACAUUUUAAGUCCGGUUGUGAUCAGAGUUUGUUGUACAUUAUAUAGUGUUGCGAUUAGAAUUAUUGGGGAUGUAUGCAUAAGCUCAAUUUAAAAUGAGUAAGAGCCAAGAGUUUGAUGUCAAUUUGGGUGGCACACAAAACUUGCCAAAUGAGUUUAAAGUGGGCAAGUUUGCAAAAGCUAGGUUCGAAGAAAUAUCAGCCCUUACACAAGUACUUGAGGGGCCGCGCAAGUCGGGGCAGGUGUUCCAGCGCCUGCCGCGCCACAUGCGGCGCCGCGCCAUGAGCCACAACUCCAAGCGGCUGCCGCGCCGGCUGCGCGAGGCGUACGACCAGCAGCUGGAGAAGUGUGGCGCCGGCCAGAAGAAGAAGCGACCCAGCCGCAAGUUCCGGCGCCGGCCCAAGAACCUGCUGGCGGAGUACAACCGGCGCCAGCGCACCCACGUGUGGCUGGAGACGCACAUCUGGCACGCCAAGCGCUUCCACAUGGUGCAGCGUUGGGGGUACAAGCUGCCACUGCGUCCCACCGACAAGAGCUUCCGUGCGUGCUACCGUGCCACAGCGCAUCACUGCCUGCUGCAGGAUGUGUCGUACCACUGCUGCGUGGAGCUGUCGGGGCCACAGGACGUGCUGCUAGCCGGCCUAGCACGCCACGCUUCCGUGCACUGCGGCCCCACGUUCGCUGCUGCGUCCUGCCUGAAGGGUACGCGGGAGGGCAGCGUCGCCUUCUACCAACGUGACGCGUACCCUCGCGGUUUCGUGGGCCCCGUGAGCUUCACGUGGCGGCCCGGGGAGACAGAGCACGGCCGGACCGUGUGGCUGUGGGCGCACCCUGCCUUCUACCAGGAGGUGCUGCGCGAGCUGACCACGACUCUGGACCUGCGCCCUGUGGACAGCGGCGAGAGCGGUGCAGAGGCCUCUGUAGUGGAGUUCUCGAGCGAGGUGGAGCGGACGAAGCUAGCCCCCAGGAACGUGCCGUGGCUGCGCGUGCCGCGGCUAACCAGCGGCGACGGCCGUGUGCGUGCGGCCCUCCUCAAGGACACGCUCGCGCGGCUGCAGCUGACCGGUCCCCUGAGCCAGGCGGUGCUGACCCAGGCUCUGGCUCCUACCGACAACCGCGCGGAGGCCUGGCGGGCUCUGGCUCGCAGUGCGUCUCCCGCGCAGAUGCCGCCCCAUGCGGUGCUGGGCAUCACGCUGUUCGACCCACGCUUCAACCUCCCGCCGAAGAGGAUCAAGGCCGUGCCAGACUGCACAGAGCAGCAGCUGCCGCCCGUGCUGCCGGCGGCCUGGAGCGCGGGCGAGGUGUGGAGCGAGCGGGUGCGUGACGAGGCGACGGCACACAAGCUGUCGUGGACGGCAGUGGCAGAGCUGUGUGGGCGACGGCUGGUGCCCGAGGGCCCCGUGCUGGGGGAAGGGGAGUCUGGACGGCACACGCUGCCCGCCAUGCUCAUCCAGCGACCGGGCAGCUGGGACCAGCGUGGUGGUCUGGGCUCCGGCUGGGACAUAGUGCUGCCGGCGGGACACGCUAUGUCGGUGUGGCUGGCGCUGGUGUUGCGCGGAGCACGGGUGGGUGGGCUGCGUGAGGCAACGUGCCAGCGCCUGGAAGAAGGGCGUGCCGACCCCCUGGCACCAGACUCCGGGGCGGGGCGCGAGGAGGCACGCCGACUUGGCGCGGAGCUGGAGGAGCGCCACUUCAGGAAGCCGCCAGCCAAGCGCCCCAACUACGUGAAGCUGGGCGUGAGCAGCCCCUUCGCUUGCUGCUGGGACGUGCUGGUGCGAGAGUGGUGCGGGGGAAACAGUGACUGGUGGGUGUGGCGAGCACGGCGCUCCGGGAGCACGGAGACUACGCCUGGGGAGUGCCUCGUGCCGGUGACCGUUCACUCGGUGGGAGCUGGCUACCCGGUGCGCUGCGCGCUCAUAUGCGUGCCAGCUGCAGGCAGCAUCGCCCCGCUGGAGCCCGUGCACGCGGACGAACGCCAAGAGGACCGCAGGGAGAUGCGUGCGGCACACCGAGCCAGGCUGCGCAGGGAGCGCAGGCUGCGGAAGAAGGGGGAGGGCGGGGAGCGGCCCGCAGAAACGGACCCCGGCUACCACGCAGCCGCGCGCGAGGCGUGGCUUCCCAAGGUGACUGCCAUCAAGGACUCGUGUACGCAGACUGUGAUUGGCUACGUGACUGCCGGAGACUUCAGCUUCUCGUUGGCGCGUGGCGUGGGCCAGGGCUAUGUUGUGCUCCGAGCUUUGAAACACCUGCAGGCCCAGGGGGUUGGCAACACUGUGCUGUAUCGCAACCCCACCACCAGGCAGUAUCGCCUCGGGAGGCUGUCUUACCCGGACGCCUUCGCUGCAUCAUAACGUCUCUAGAGGCAGCACCAGUAUUGAUGUGUUUUGUUCAAUGGCGGUCACCCUAAUGUGUGCCAAUAAAAAAAUUUUUGUGUA